AAAUCAUUUCGUAUGGAAAGAGAGAAAAAACGGAGACUGCUGUUUUUUUUCCUUGAGCUUGUGAAUGCCUUUGCUCUCUUACGCAACCAAAUUAGCCAAAGCUGCCGCGCUGCGGCGGAUAGUGGGGCGCGAGUCGCGCCUGCUCCAGGAAAGAUAAUAUAGGGUAUGAAUUAUUAGACGCCAGCUAUCUCGAGCAUUGUACAACCUUUGUGAGGUCGUGCAUGUUGCGCAGAAAGAGACCGCGGCUCCUCUUCGUCCUUGUAGCAGCGCAGCGCGUGAGCGAUGAUUGUGUCCUCGGUAGACGGAGCGUUCCAAGCUGGCCAUCGUGGGGGUUUUGGGACUACAACUUCACGGCGUGCGACCCUGUGAGCUUGACACGGGAACGGCUUCUGUGAGCUUGACACGUCCACCCUAGAUUAUCACAACGCUCCGACGUAUCAAUGCGAGUGCAAAAUUCCUUGGCGGGGACCGGAAUGUACGCAGCUGGAUCUACUUCCGUUGAAGCGCAGCGCGCCCGGUCUGUGGAUGAUGAACGCGUCCCAUCCGACUUGGGGAGGGACUGUUUGGUUCGAACCGACGGACAACCGCUGGCAUCUCGUGACGGGCGGAAAGGUGAUCAGCGAGGAGUACUUGGAUGGGGGCCCGGACCCCACCGGCGAUCUUCCCUACUGGGGCAAUGUUGUGGAUCCUUACACCACCUGGGGGCGGAGUCCGGCCUACAAUGCGGCGCAGCAAAACGUGAACGCGGGCGCCGCCGUCUUCCAGACUGCGGGUCGCAUCCCUUGGUACUUCACCACGACCUAUAACCCCUAUUUGAAUGACACAAUCUUUGAGCAACGACCGAUCCUGACCAGGUUCGUCUCCGACGUGGGCGGGAACCCGUGGGGCCCGUUAUCAAAAGGAAAAAUCUCCCCACCCCAUAUCAAAACGAAACUUCUGAUGCUGGAUUUGGAUACACAAAUCAAAUUUGUGUUGCAGUAGAGGACUGCACGCAGAUCCUAAGUCUAGCCGCGGGCCUCUUGGUGUAGGCGCUUCGCAUGGUAGACGGCUACCCUGUAGGCCUUACAGCAUUACAGACCGCCUUUAUGACGUGGCGGAAAGCCUGAGCGUGCCUCUUUGCAAGACAGGCCCGACUUGUGGUCGCAAAUCUGCAUCACAGACGUGCUUUCAAUAUGGGGAGGGGGGACGUUUCCUUGCAAUACCCGUUCACCGAGAUGCGCGACCCCAAGUGGGCGGAGGGUCCUUUCCGCGCGGACGUGAAACAAAACCCGGCCAAGCCGAGCGAGCUGCUGAUGCUUUCCACCGGGAGCGAGAACGGGGUGUUCGGCCUCGCGAUCUACAACUCCACGACCGGGAUGAACGGCCCCUGGGGAUUCAAGAUGGUGUACGGGUGGAAAGACGGCGUGCACAAGGGCAUGAACAGCGGGACUCUGGACCAAUGGGACUGCGACGCGAAGGACCCGUCCUUCGUAGUGCACGAGAAUGGCACCACCGUGAUUGCCUACCGGGGGACGAGGUGCGACGCGGACACGUCGCACGACCACACGGAGCGCGUGGGAUUAUUGAUUUCUUCCAACCCGGCGGGCGUGGAUCCGUCCGAGUGGUGGCGUGGGCCCUAUACGCGGCUCGGCGUUCCGCUUUUCCAAGAUUCUGAGGAUCUGUUCAUGUGGAUCGACAAACAGGGGGGCACGCACAUGAUCAUGCACACGCAGUCUACGGACCACACCUCCAACCGGAAAAAGAUUCGGGGUGCGCAUGCUUACAGCAAGGAUGGGAUGGACCGCUGGACCAAGUCAGAGUGGGAGCUGUGGCCCGCGGAACUAAAGUGGGACGACGGAAAUGGUCCUUCAAUUUUGCUGCGCCAACAGAGGCCGUCUCUGCAGUUCGAGCGGAACACCAGCGACAAAUUUGGUUGGAACACAGAUAAGAUUUUGUCUCUUACCACGGGCGUCGAUUUCCUCUACGACCCUUGUUGCGACUGGUACGUUUUCGCGUCAGCGUGGACAGCUAUACAGCCCGUUGUCACGCAGUGCCGGGCGGGGCAGGUACACGUCUUUGUUUUUAUGAUUUUUGUCGUUUUUUUCGAAUUUCAAAUCUUCCUCUUACUUCUGGUCUAUUUUCUUGCAUUUUGAUGGAUUUGAAGCACUUUCUUACGUAGCGGUUGUGGAAGAUCUCCGGAGUCGGUGCUUCAUACAUAGAAUCACGCUCCCAUCCUUUUUCAGGUGUUCAGCAGCACUACGAACAGCUGUCAGAACUGCGCAAUCGAGGAGGCGAAGUACAACGGCCACUGCUUGCGCACGACGACAAAAUACGGGGAGUGCGUGUGUGCGGAGUGUGAUUAUCGGCGCGCCGGGGAUAACUGCGAAAACGAAGCCUACAAGUGCUACGAGAUGCAGGCGUACCGACGGUGCAAUCUGACGGCCUUUGCGGACCAAACCACUUCUCUGACCGGGACCGCUACGACGGAGGACACCGCUUACCAGCACAAUUUUCCGCACCUCGUCAGCGCCGGCUACGACUACAGCACGUCGAGCUGCCAGAGAUUCUGCGAUCUCUACUCCAGCUUCCAAAACACGGUCGGGUGCUGUUACAAUUACGCACCCAGUUCCACGUGCCGCUGGUACGCGGGCGUGACCGACGAUCUGGAGGAGACGAGUGGCGCCUACAUGUAUGCAAGUUUGUGCAUGCCUGUUUCCGAGACUACCACCACAACCAAGUGGCCCUAUUCCUGCACUCUAGGGAGCGGCGCCAUCGACGCCGCGGCGGGGAAAUCACUGGACCCCGCGAAUGGGUUCGCCAACACGCUGCACUGCUCCGAUUCCACAUUAGAGCAUUCUCUCACAAGCGAAGUGACGAACUUAGAUGUGACCGUGAGCAACGAGUGCUUGCAAAAGUGCGAAGAAAAAGCCUCGGAACUGGGACUGUUUGACGCCACGACGAACUUGACGCGCAACGACGACUUUUUGCCGCUCGGGGGGUGCUGCUACAGCUGGCAAGGCGCGAGUAAGAGCUGCAUUUUCAACGCGCUGAGUAAAAUCACCUCCAACAGCGGGGUUUCGCGCCACGCCACCUUGUGUUACCGGGAAACGACGACCACGAGCACCACCACGACCUCGACGUACACCACCACCAGCACGACGACGCCACCGCCAACGACGACCUCCACAAGCUCUACGACGACGACGUCCACCUCGACCACAACCCCCUACGUGGGCCCCGCAACGAGCGCCCCAACAACGACGACCACUCCCAUUUCGAUCGGGGACCUCUACAACACGAACGCCACGUCCGCUACGGGGGGAUCCGCGGACGACCCCUUGGUGGAGGCGGAAGCGUCGGUUGUUUCCGCGGGCACGAAUAUGACGCUGAGCUUCUCCGGGAAUUCCGCCUUUGUCACCGCCUGCGGCUCGACGGACAAGCUCAACGAUCCGAGUAUUUCCGUGUGCUCCGGCUUCCUGGACGCGUUGAAGACUAGCAUUUGUGCCGCGACCAACAGCAUUCUGACCACGGCAAUCGAGUGCGCAAGGUUUUUCUGGAUCUUGUUCUCGAUCGUUAUCGAAAGCCCCUCAUUGCUUCGCGUGUUGACCGCCACGACGGGCGCGAACGUCACUGUCGGAUCAACCGUCACGGUCGCGGUGGCUUACGAAAUCCGGUUUUCUGAUGCGAGCGAGGCACUCGACGGGGGCUCUUCGGCGCAGGCGAUGGUCGCCCAGCUGAGCGCCGGCUCUCCGACCGCGUUUCAGCAGGGAUUCACUUCAUCCUUCCAAGCAGCUGUGGCAAGCAGUGCGACCCUGCAAUCGGUCGGACUGAACAACGUCACGACGAGUGUGGCCACCGCGACGCCCACAGUGGGGACGAUGUCUGUUUACUUGCCCCAGUCUGUAGUUGCGGCAUCGUCGCCCAUGGUGUCUUCCGGCUCUAGUUCGGGGGAGAACAACACCGCCCUGAUUGCGCUGCUAGUGGUGCUCGGUAUACUCGGAGUCGUCGAAAUCGCGCUGCUUUCCUACUGCGAAAUUAGGUACGAUAAGGCGGUCAGCCGGCGGCUUUGCUGCAAGAAGCCGCAGAAGAGAAAGAAGUCCCAGGUCAGGGGCGAGGGCGAAGCCAGUAGCGAGAAGGACGAAGGUGAGGACGAAGAUGCUGUAGGAGGAUUGGGAAGUAGGAAGCUGCUAAGUAUGCGCACCGUCGGGAAUUUGACGUCGCAGAUGCAGAAGGGCAUCGGCUUGAAAAGAAAACGCACCGUGGGUAAUCUUCACUCAGAAAUGCCCACCAUGCGUACGUCCGGAAAAAAUGCGGAACCGGUAGUGGAGCAAACGGAAAUGGAUCCAGCACUGGUCGCGGGAACAGUUGUGGUUCCGGCUGCCGAGAUUGUCGAUAAGGAGGAUGCUGCUUUGGUGGAGAACGCACAACAACAAGCGGGGGCGCCGGAAGGGGAAGCGUCGCCCGAGGCUGUAGUAGCGCUGCAGGUUGGGACCGACGUGGAUACCGCAGGCUCGGUGGGGCCGGCCGGAACGCAUAAACUGAGCGCUGCGCAAAAAUUCCAAAGGCUCGCCAGUUUUCAACGAGCGGGGCAGUUUAUCCAGAACAGCAAAGGGAAGAGGACGGUCAACAUCCGGAAAGCCGGCUCAGCGCAUCACCACGAGGACUUCGACUUCGACAACAUGUGAAGCGUUCGCGCCAAAAUGCGAAAAGUUGGCGCUGGCUGUGACAAUGCGAGAUGUAGUGCGAGCUUCACAAGCACGGCUUCGGCACGGGAGGCACUUCUACACAGGACUUUAUCAGGGAUAGAGCUGAUCGUGGAGGUACUACGGGCGUCGGAGAAUGCCGGUCGGUGGUGUAGUGGAAUGGAGUUGCUUGCUUCAUCUGCGUGGCCGCAGAUCCAGUAGCACUUGCGGAAUGCGUAUGCGUGAACUCUCUCUGAAGGAGACACACAUCCUCACAAUCUUUUUACAGCAAUCAAUCUUCCGAGAAGGGAUUUCAACUUCUAUCUGUUGGAUCGUUUCACAGCCACUUGGUUGAGAAGUUGGUACUUUCGCCGUCAGUAUCACCUUGCGCGUUUUCUG